CGCCUGAAAGCAGCAUGAAUACAGUAAAAUAACCAGCAGGAGUAGUCAAGAGUGGACCUCAGCAAAGAGCAGCCUCAGCUUCCUGGAUGGAAACGAAACGCAGGAGCUGAGCAGACACAUUAGCUAAUACACACAGGACAGACAGGAGCGAGCAGGACGACCAAACAUGUUUUUAGUUUUUUCUUUAAACCCGGUGCGUGUGUAUGAGAGGCGGUAACGGAGUGCCAGUGGAAUUAGGCGGUGACAGCAGAGGUUAUCAGGCUAUAACAGCCCACUGUAUCAACACAUGUGUCCGUGCCAUAGUACGAGCACUGCGGCUGUGGAUCUGGACUCAGGCAGCUCCUACACCCAGUGGUCCACAGACAAGGAACAUGGAGGCUGUAGCGCCUCUCCGUCCCCCGCAGACGUGCUAGGAGCCGCCUGAUUACUCCCUCCCUGCCUGCAUCGCCCCACCAUGGCCAGCAGGAGUCCCAGCCUGAGCCCAGAAGCCGGGGAUCUGCCACCAGGGACCCCUGAGGCCGGCGCUAAACCCCAGCCGGAGCCCGAGGCUUUCUGCAAGCUGUGCCUCAGCGAGAAGCCGCUUGCGACUACCGGGGAACUGCAGAGCUGCAACUGUGUCUUCUGCACUGCGUGUUUGAAGCAGUAUGUUCAGCUGGCCAUCGUGGAGGGUGGGGGUGCACCCAUCACCUGCCCCGAUAUGGCCUGCCAAAAGGCUGGAGUGCUACUGGACUCCGAGAUAGCUAGCUUGGCCCCAGAAGAACAGGUGGAGCUGUAUCAGCGUCUGAAGUUUGAGAGAGGAGUGAAGUUGGACCCCAGCAAAGCGUGGUGCCCAGUGCUUGAAUGCCAGGCGGUGUGCAGUCUGCAGCUGAGGUCCAGUACUGAGGGCCAGCCCACCGCUGUGCCCUGCCCGACCUGUCACGCCGUCUUCUGCUCCGGGUGCAGAGGGCCCUGGCAGGACGACCACACCUGCCCUGAGCGCCAGCCCAUGAUGUCGCCCUCUCAUGAAAGCAGCGACUCUGAUACGUCCAUCAAGCAGUGUCCAAUGUGUGGUGUCUACAUUGAAAGGAACCAGGGCUGUGCACAGAUGUUGUGUAAGAGCUGCAAACACACCUUCUGCUGGUACUGUCUGCAGAAUCUAGAUGGUGAUAUCUUCCUGAGGCAUUAUGAUAAGGGGCCAUGCAGAAACAAGCUGGGACACUCCAGGGCCUCGGUUAUGUGGAACAGAACGCAGGUGGUGGGUAUCCUGGUGGGGGUCAGCAUCAUCGUGCUGGUGACGUCUCCGCUCCUCCUGCUGGCCUCGCCCUGCAUCCUGUGCUGCGUCUGCAAGCCCUGCAGCGGGAAGAAGAAGAAGAAGAAGAAAAAGAAGAAGAAGAAGGAGUUCGACCAGCCAGACUCCUCCGCAUCAUAGCAGCUCCCCUUCUCAUCAGCCCGGCCCAGGAUCACUCUUCUACUCUCAUGUAGCCCAAGGAAACCAAGAGAGUGCAAGUGCUGCAUGGUGGGAAAACAAUAAAGAUGGAUUAAAAAAUGGAGCACUUUUUCACGACUCGACAGACUGGAAGCCCUGUUAGUGGUUCAGUAAUAUCGUCGAAAUCAAGUGCAGACUUGCAUCUCAAAAAUCGCUCUUCAAAUUACAAGUGUAUGUACUUUAUAUGGUGGAAGUGUAACUAUGAGGAGAAUGAAUGUAACUCGCCCAGUGACGUUGGCAGUGCCUGGAUAGGGCUUUUGUUAUCUCUCUCUCUCUCUCUCUCACACACACAUACAUGCGCAGUUCAAAGUGCAACGCCACCUUCAUGUGCCAAAAUUCAUGAUGCCAAACCAGAGGUUUUAGGUGCUCAAGUGCCUCACUCUACAGUGCCUGGUGCUUGGAUGUAUUUUUUUUUUGCCUUCCAUACAAUCUUUAUCUUAUGCAAAAACUGUAGCAUUAUGAAAAUAGACCAACCAACGGGAUUACACAGGGUUAUAAAUCCCUAAACAAUGCAACAUUCUUUCAUAAUGGGCGUCAUGUGUGCACUGUAUAUUCUGCACUGAUAUGAAACAUGAUAGGGCUUCAAUGGUGCACAGAGAACUUUUCUUCUGCAAAUGUUUGUUGUUUCCACCUGGCAUACGUUCCAGACCAAAGGCACGAAAGGCGAAUGUGGACUUUUCUAAAGUGUGUUCAUGUGUAUUUAUGGGUUGUGUGUGUAUGAUAUCCUGUUAUCAUUUCUACAGUUCUGUUGAUGUUUGUGCAUCAGAUAUUUUAUAAAAGCGCCAUUGUAAUUGAAAUAAACAUACUGUAUUGAACAUGCA